AUGGCAGAGAGCUGGGAACCCAUGACUUGUGAUUUGGCAUCAGUGGAGCUGGAUUUGUCUGGAACCACAAGGGGACAUGAGGGUUUGCAGAGCCAUAGCAGGGGAUUACCUCCAUUUUCCAAGAGAGCUCUAGAGCUUGGGCCUUCUCUGUUUGGAAGAAAUAUCAGUAGCUGGAAGAAUGCAGUGACAUAUGAUGAUAUGCACGUCAACUUCACUCGGGAAGAGUGGACUUUGCUGGAUCACUCCCAGAGGAAUCUCUAUAAAGAUGUGAUGCUUGAGACCUACAGAAACCUCACUAUUAUAGGAUACAGUUGGGAAGACCAUAAUAUUGAAGAACAUUAUCAAAACUCUAGAAGACAUAUGAGGCAUGAAAGAAAUCAAACUGGAGAGAAACCUUCUGUGUAUACUGAAUGUGUUAACGUAUUUGCAAAUGAGAGUUAUCUUCAAAAGCAUGAAAGUGCACAUCCUGGAGAGAGAUUUUUUGAAUGUAAUCAGAGUGGUAAAGCCUUUUCAAGUCACAAAUAUCUUCAAAGGCAUAAAAGUACACAUACUAGAAAGAAACCUUAUGAAUGUAAUCAAUGUGGUAAAGCCUUUGUAUGA